AUGGACGAGCUGAACUCGCCCCUCGGGGAGCGAGCACAAGGAGCAAGCCUGGCCCACGUAGUUUGGAGUGAUCCGCAAUGGCUCGAACGUUACCCGCUGACUUUCGAAAACGUUCUGACUUACUUUUCGCGUUCGCCCUUUUAUGACCCAACGUGCAAUAACGAGCUGGUUCGGAUGCAAAUGCACCCGGAACUUCAAGGCGAAAUGUUGUACUACACGCAGAGGGAAGAAGAGCUUCUGCUAGGUAUGCAGGGGGUAGAGUACGUGCCGUUAUGUUCAUCGGACGCUCACGAGCUUUUCAUCAUUCGAAAGCAGGUUCGAAGAUCCGCGGACGAGGUUCACGUGACGAACCUGUAUUACAUACUGUACGGGCAAGUCUACGAAGCUCCAGCGUUUUCCACAGUUCUUCUUGUUCGUCUCCGACAGAGCGCAGAUUUUCUUGUUCGCUCGCUCGGUUUGCUUCGGCAGUGGCUGUCUAAGAAGGAAUACGGAGAACCGGGCGCCACGGGUCAUGGGCAUGAAGAUACCCUUCUUCUGCAACUUCUUCGGAAGGCUCAACAACGCAAUCGCCAGCUAUAG